AGCAGCAUUCAAACCUUGCAGACUUUUGCUCUCUGGGAACUUGUAAUAAGACACACUCCUCCUACAAGAGUCCAUGCUACAACAUAGCAAAGAACUUUAAACUUUUGGAAGAACAGUAUAUUCAUUUUGGCACUGUGCAGAGCUAAGUAAAUUUGGUGGCUUCUGGUUGUGCUCCUCUCAAAAAUGAUAGCACUCUCUGCUGUCAGCCGGGCUCUCCUGUUGUCCCUGCUCUGUGAAGCAAGUGCAGUCGUCUUACUCAACUCCACUGACUCAUCCCCGCCAACCAAUAAUUUCACUGAUACUGAAGCCGCUCUGAGCGCACCACUAGACUCUGCGGAUAUUCCCAAAGCCAGGCGGAAGCGCUACAUUUCACAGAAUGACAUGAUCGCCAUUCUUGAUUAUCACAAUCAAGUUCGAGGUAAAGUGUUUCCACCAGCAGCAAAUAUGGAAUAUAUGGUCUGGGAUGAAAAUCUUGCAAAAUCUGCUGAAGCUUGGGCUGCUACUUGCAUUUGGGACCAUGGACCUUCUUACUUGCUGAGAUUUUUGGGUCAAAAUCUGUCUGUACGAACUGGAAGAUAUCGCUCUAUCCUUCAGUUGGUGAAGCCAUGGUAUGAUGAAGUGAAAGAUUAUGCCUUUCCCUAUCCUCAGGAUUGCAACCCCAGGUGUCCCAUGAGAUGUUUUGGUCCUAUGUGUACACAUUAUACACAGAUGGUCUGGGCCACUUCUAAUCGAAUAGGAUGUGCAAUCCAUACUUGCCAAAACAUGAAUGUCUGGGGGUCUGUUUGGAGACGUGCCGUGUACUUGGUUUGCAACUAUGCCCCAAAAGGCAAUUGGAUUGGAGAAGCACCAUAUAAAGUGGGCGUGCCAUGUUCCUCUUGUCCUCCCAGCUAUGGGGGAGCCUGUACUGACAACAUGUGCUUUCCAGGAGUAACAUCAAACUACCUGUACUGGUUCAAAUAAGCUUAUGCUUUUCUCCAAAAAACCAUGAUAGUUGCUGAGAAGCAUAGCCAUAUCUAUAUAUGUUGGAUUUUGCACAUAUUAUACAUAUUUUGUGGUAAUCUUGUUCUCAUUUUAGUAUUCAUGUGUAUAGUGUUUGUCUUGUAAUGUGUUUUUUAAAAAAAAUUUUGGACACAAUCCAAAUGACCAUCUGUAUUUUCUGGUCUAUAAGUCCAAAUUGCUUAUGUAGUGAUGACAUAGCUGAUAAAUCUAACUACAAAACUUUCAUUCCAGGAGAAUUCUAUCACUGGGUUCCUAAGAAAUAAAGAUAUAUUUUUAAUCUGUAAUGUGUGCACAUACAUACAUACAUACAUACAUACACAUAUCAUAUGCUAUAUGAUACACAUGGGUGUAUGUAAGUGCAUGCAUAACAUAUGUGAUGCAAACAUAGGUAAUAAUAUGAUUCAGUAGUUGAAUUGAAGGACAUUUAAAAUAUUCUAAAAUAUAUUUAGCAGUAGGACAGGUUCAGUAACAUUUCUACAAUAUAGACAAAAUAAUAGUUUGCAAAGUAACACUUAAAGUUAAUGACAACUUAAGAAUCAUGAAUUUCAUUCCAAAGAUAUUUUAUUUUGUUUGAUCUACUCAAAUAUAUGCUCAAUUUAUGUAAAUUUCCAAAUCAUGUCUAGUGUUGUUCAGUUUCUUUAAAAAAACAAACAGUAGUCUUAUGUUGAAUGUUUAAGACAUGCAAGGCACUUGCUUACAUUGAUAAUAGAAAGGUAUAGAAACUAUGGCUCCAGUCCUUAGAAAGCUUACAAAAAUAUUUAGAAAAUAAUUUGAGCUAGAGAUUUUGCUACAAUUUUUUUAUUAUUAGUUCCCACUUUUUUAAGACAAGAGAUAUUGACUAGAACACUUGGUAAGCUCUUUAUGCCUAGAUUUUACAUCUUAUUUAUGUUUUAUAACCACAGGGGCAGCCACUAUAGCCAAACAGAUGAUACAUCAAUGUAACUUGUUUUCCUCCCAAAUCAGUUUUGGCUAGCAAGAUUCUGGAUACUAGUACAGAAGGUAUAACUUAGUAAUAAGAUAAAAAGUGAAAAAGUUAUUACUCUUCAGUUUGCAUCACAAAAUUGAUUUUUAAUAUUCAAUUUUUCAUGUGGUUUUGAAGGAACAAAUAACAGCAUUGAAUUGCAGGUGGAAUCAGAAUAAGCUAUGCUAUUUAGUAUGUAAAUAUAAUUGUCAGGAAAACAUAUGUAUGUACAAUACUUGGAAUAGCAAAGGGAAGGUGAUAAUUAACCAUUGUGCAGACCAUUCUAGAGAAGAAUAAAAAUUAAAUUAAGACCUUCACAAAACUGGUGAAGUCCAAGAGAAGUAUGAUUUAGGGGAAAGAAUUGAAGAGCUUCAGAAAUAAGGUAAUGGCCCAAAAAGAUCAGGCAAAGGACUUCAGAAGAGCACAAAUAUGUUGAGGGUUGAGUACAUGUCAAAACCCAUUGGUAACAGUUGAAGGAUUUCAGAAAGAUACUUGUGGGGUAUUAUGGGCAUUUUACCUGUUUUGCGUGUCAUUAUUUAAGGAAAUUCAUUCCACCUGUUAUCUUGGUGCUUUGAAGAUCACAUUAAAGGUCUUCAUGCAUAUUAUACAGUUGACUUGAGUCAAGACACUGAACACACAUUAUAGUUCAAAUCUGCAUGUGUUUUAUUCAGGUUGUAUACUGCUUCCAUAAGGUUGGAUAGCUAGUAAAUGUGCACUCUGGAGAGUGAAAAUAGCAGAAGGAUGCUCCUUGUUUUAAUUUCACACAUAUUUGCAGUUUCUAGGGUGGAGACUUUGAAAGAUGACAAAUAGUUAAGUAGAUCCACUUAAUGGGAGUCGAAUCCACCAUCUGGAAAUUUGAGUCAAACUGAAGACAAACAACAGGCCCAAAUACUUAGGAAAGUGAAUGUGGUAAUCAAAUGUGUUGCCAUCAUAUGAUUCUGCCUUUGUGGACACACAUAUUACCAAGUUAAAAAUAAAUAUUUUGGGUAAUGAAAUUGAGAACAGGAAGUAAUUAUAUAAUUUAGGCCCUACUCCAAAUUUCAUCUAAGAUAACUAGCCAACUGGAAAGAAAGCCCAUUAUUGGAGUAUUGGUUGAUUUAUAUAAACAGUGCUUCUACUGUCAAUAUCACUAUUAUAUUCUAUAAAAUUUGCAGAAAGGACUUUUAAACAAAAGGGGCUUCUUUCAGCUCCAGUUCUUUUGCUAGCUUGCUUGAGUAACUUUUUUUUUCAGUUUUAAAGAAUGAUUUUGAUAUUUGCUAUGAGCUUUAUGGCAGUAACUAUAAGAUCAAAUUUACCAUAUUAAUAGAAUUUUAUGAAAAACAUCAUUUAUAGACCUCCUCCUUGUUAACAGAAACUCUGUCUAAAUCAUUGUAUUUAACCCAGCAUUAUUUCAUAAUGGCUGGAAUUUAAUAACUAUUUAGUAAAUGUUUACGUAAGUGGAUGUUUUUGAAUUAGCUAGAAAUCCUAAAUGUGUAGAAUUGAAACAAAUCACACCUUUUCUUCCGUUUUUUCUUUUUAAAGAAAAAAGACAAAUAUCUAGUAAGGGUUAAGCUUUGUAGUUAAAAAAGUCCAGACAAAUUACCAAACAUCUGAUUAACACCAGAGUCUAUACAUUGAAAAAUUACACUUUCAUAAUAAUGCUUUCCAAACAAUAACUUGAACCAGAGGUAUUUAACAACUAAGCUGAACACAAGGAGUAUAUUUGUUAUUCUGUCUCUAUUUUGUAAAAUUUGUAGUAUGAAAUGGCCAUGUGAAACAUUUUAAUUUCUAGGCUAAAGCAAAUGAAUAUUUGCUAACACCUGCAGGGCGUCCCAUAUUUUUACAUCACACAAUAGCACUAGCAUGGUCCUUUGACGCUUUUCUUCCCAAAGGAGGAAAGGGCCCUGCUUAUACUUAUUUCAUAAUGGCAGCUUCACAUUGUCAAUACUGUAGUUUUCAUUUGGAAAUU